GCUCCAUUAAUAAUUGAAUUAUUAAUAUCAUUAUUAAUUAAAGAAAAGAAGCGGUUGUUCUUGUUCUUGUUUAGUAGAUUUGUUACAAGCCUCUUCUUUUUUAUAUUUCUUCAUCUUCCCUCUUUCUUCCACCCGACCCACCCAUUAAUAUCUUUUACCUUCCAUUUCACGUUUUGCUGCUUUUUUUUUGUUUCUCUCUCCUCCCUUUCUCUCUCUCUCUCUUGCAUUGAAUUCAUUGAUUUCAUUAUAUUUGCAAAUACCCAGAUUAUAUUUUUCAUUCAUUUUUCCCUCUCCAUCAAAAAAAUCACCUCUUUUUAGAGAGAGAAAUUAAGGUGGGAAAAAGAUUUAACCCACAAAAAAAAAAAAAAGAAAAAAAAAUGGGAGCUUGUGUUUCAACACCAAAAGUUUGUGUUGGGAAACGAUCAAAGAGGUCAAAGAAGAAGGCACAUCAUAGUAGUAGUGCUACUACUAGUAGCAAUCGAAAGAGAAGAAAAGCAAUUAAGAAACGCGUUUCUUCUAGAUUAUCUGAUCGUUCUUUAGAAAAUAUAAAGCUUGAUAAUAAUAAUAACAAUAUUAAUCAGAAUUCUAGGUCUGUUUCUUUCCCAGAUCGAUCUUUUACCAAUCCCACCUAUCAAGGUAGUGGCGAGGAGGCAUGGUAUGAUUCGGUGAUGAUAUUUGAGUCUGAUGGUGAAGAAGAUUUCCAAAGUGUUCCAGAAGAUGUAGUAUCUCGAAAUUCGCAUGAAGUACAUUCUGCUCGGAAUUCUCUGAGCGAUCUUGGUAGAAAUUCAAUGGAAUCAAAGCACCCAGUUUACCUUGAUGAAAUAUCCUCUUCCGUGGAUGAAAGCACUGGCAAGGAGGAUAAAAUGUUGGAUAAUUGUGGAAUAAUUCCCAAUAAUUGUUUGCCUUGUCUCAAUACUUCUACAGCCCCUUCGAUUGAGAAGAGAAACUCCCUUAGCUCUAGUCCUCAAAGUGCGAGGAAGAAGGCAGCCCUAAGGCUCUCUUUCAAAUGGAAGGAUGCUCCCCCCAAUUCAAGAUUUUCCUCAAAGGCGCUCCUGAAAAAACCAAUAGCAGGGUCUCAAGUGCCUUUUUCUCCAUUAGAAAAGAAAAUCAUGGAUAGUUGGUCACCUGUUGAACCUAAUUCCUUCAGAGUUCGUGCCCAAAAUUUUUUUAGGGAUAAGAAGAAGGAUUUUGCGCCAAAUUAUGCUGCAUAUUAUCCUCUUGGUGUUGAUGUAUUCUUGUCCCCAAGAAAAGUUGAGCACGUGGCUCGCUUUGUGCAACUUCCUUCAGUAAAUUCUUCAGCAGGUUUUCCACCCCUUCUCAUAGUGAAUGCUCAGGUGCCUUUAUAUCCUCCUGCAUUUUUCCAGAAUGAAGCUGAUGGUGAAGGCAUUAAUAUAGUGAUGUAUUUCAAGAUUAAUGAAUCUUUUUUAAAAGAAGUUCCGUCAAGCUUUCAAGAAGCUAUCAGGAAAAUGAUGCAUGAUGAAGUUGAAAAGGUAAAAAGUUUUCCUAUGGACACAAUUGCGCCUUUCCGUGAGAGGUUGAAAAUUCUGGGUCGCCUUGCCAAUUUGGACGACCUUAAUAUAAGUGCAGCGGAGAAGAAGCUUAUCAAUGCCUAUAACGAAAAGCCUGUCCUUUCUCGCCCUCAACACGAGUUCUUUUCGGGAGAAAAUUACUUUGAGAUCGAUUUGGAUAUGCACAGAUUUAGUUAUAUUUCAAGGAAAGGCUUUGAAGCAUUCAUAGACAGAUUAAAGAUGUGUGUUCUAGAUUUCGGACUCACUAUACAGGGUAAUAAAGCUGAGGAGUUACCGGAGCAAAUAUUAUGUUGUGUACGGUUGAACGGACUCGACUACAUGAAUUACCAGCAAAUAGGGAUGGGUCAAGAUCCUUUGUAGAAUUGAUUUGUGCUGGAAUAGUGUAAGAAUAAUUUAUGUGAAAAUAAAAUUAUAUUAGAAAAAAAAAAUCUAAUUUUGCAGAAGCAUAUGUUAUACUAUCUCUGUGUGUAUAGUUCUGAAAAAUUCUCAGAGUUCCCAUAAUGAAGGAGCUGAUGUUCUUUUUACUCUGAUGCACAUGCAUUGUGCAUGUAUGACAGAGUCAUUCCCAUGCAUAUGAUAUAAAACUAUAGGUUAUUUUAGACA